ACUGCCCGGCCUAUUUGUUUAUUUUUUAAAGGCAGGGUCUGGCCUUGAACUACUGAACCUCUUGCCUCAACCUCCCAGGGCUAGGGUUGUAGGAGUAUGCUACCAUAUGAUUUUAAGAAAAUUAGAAUUGUAGAUGCUGCCUCUAACGGAUGAUACGGAAUUAACCAUUAGUGAAUGGUGUUGAUAUACCUUCAAGCCUAAUCAAGUGAAAAAAAAAAUUGUUUUGUUGGUAGAGAAGGAGGUGGUGAGGGAAAGAUUGGAAUAUUCAGGUGAGUAGGAUUCCUACAGCUAAAUAGUGAACUAAGCAAGGGCUGGUAAGUUUCCACAGCUGCAGAACUUCUGCAUUAGUCUCUAAAAAUAUUCUGGAAUCGUAAAAGGAAAGUGCCGCCUCUAGGGAAGAGUUCUAGCUAGGUUGUGUGUUGGUUGGAGGAUGGAGGGGGCUUCCCGCUGUGCCUUUUAAAUACCAUGUGAGUGUCAAUAUGUUACUUUUGGGUAAACUUUGUUUAGACCUCCUUGACUAAAAAAAGAUGAGGGGCUGAGCAUGAUGUGGAGUGGUGACAUUCCCCUUUAAUUCCAGCUCUCCAGGGCUGAGAGGCAGGAAGGUAUCUGGGAUUCAAAACCAGCCUGGUUCUUGGUCACUCUGUUUUAACUCCCCUUACCCACCCCCCAAAAAAGAUGUUAGUAUUGAAGGUACUCAUCUAAGUGUGUGUUGAAGCAGUUCCCUUGUAGUCCCAGCUAGUCUCAAACUCCAGAUCCUUCUGUCAUAUUCUGCAUAGAUAGCAUUUGGUUUUGAGUAGCCUUUUACUUGUUUCCCUUUGUUUUUGAAACAGGGUCUUGUACAGCCCAGGCUACCCUCCAGUUGCUGGUGUAGUCAAAGAUGACCUUGAGGUCUACCUGGCUACUGUCAUUUUCUUUAUCUUUUUUUUUUUUUUAGACGACUAUACUGUAUACCUUUCAUGUGAUUGUUCUUAAACAUUUUGCAUUUGGACAGGUGACUUAGCUAAUCUUAGCACUCACAGCUGAGGCAGGACUGCUUGAAGUUCAAGGCUAACCUGGGCUACCAAGUUAGACCCUUGUUUUGGAAACAGAAACAAGCUAAGUAUAGUGGGUACACUGACACCGUGUCUGCAAAACCAAAAAGAAAUUGCAUAGCUGUGGGUCAUAAUGAAGUCUGAAAAGUUAAAAAAAAAAAAAACGUAGAAUGACGAAAGGAUCGAGUGUGUUACAAAUCUUACUCUGGUGGUAGAAUGCUUCAAGUGCUUAUUAGACUAUCAGGGUUGUUUGGUAGAGAGGGGUGAGUUUCAUUACCUUUCCCUACCCCACCCCAAAGUAGAGUGUAAUAGGGUACUGUUGCUGAUUGUUGCAGGAGUCACCUUGCAUGCAUUCUGUGCAUUCUGUGACACUUGGGAGAGGUGUUCAAUCUUGGUAAGAGUGUGUUGUGAUUGACUGCUUUAUGUGCUUGUUUGUUUUCAUAGCAUUUAAAUCAAGCGGUAUUGAAAUGGAUUGGGUUAUGAAACAUAAUGGUCCAAAUGACGCUAGUGAUGGCACAGUGCGACUUCGAGGACUGCCAUUUGGUUGCAGCAAAGAGGAGAUAGUUCAGUUCUUUCAAGGGUUGGAAAUCGUGCCAAAUGGGAUAACAUUGACGAUGGACUACCAGGGGAGAAGCACAGGGGAGGCCUUCGUGCAGUUUGCUUCAAAGGAGAUAGCAGAAAAUGCUCUGGGGAAACACAAGGAAAGAAUAGGGCACAGGUAUAUUGAGAUCUUCAGGAGUAGCAGGAGUGAAAUCAAAGGAUUUUAUGAUCCGCCAAGAAGACUGCUGGGACAGCGACCGGGACCAUAUGAUAGACCAAUAGGAGGAAGAGGGGGUUAUUAUGGAGCUGGGCGUGGAAGUAUGUAUGACAGAAUGCGACGAGGAGGUGAUGGAUAUGAUGGUGGCUAUGGAGGUUUUGAUGACUAUGGUGGCUAUAAUAAUUAUGGCUAUGGAAAUGAUGGCUUUGAUGACAGGAUGAGAGAUGGAAGAGGCAUGGGAGGACAUGGCUAUGGUGGAGCUGGUGAUGCGAGUUCAGGUUUCCAUGGUGGUCAUUUUGUGCACAUGAGAGGGCUGCCUUUUCGUGCGACUGAAAAUGAUAUUGCUAAUUUCUUCUCACCACUCAAUCCAAUCCGAGUUCAUAUUGACAUUGGAGCCGAUGGCAGAGCAACAGGAGAGGCAGAUGUAGAGUUUGUGACCCAUGAAGAUGCAGUGGCUGCCAUGUCUAAAGAUAAAAACAACAUGCAACAUCGAUAUAUUGAACUCUUCUUGAAUUCCACUCCUGGAGGUGGCUCUGGAAUGGGAGGUUCCGGAAUGGGAGGCUAUGGCAGAGAUGGAAUGGAUAAUCAAGGAGGCUAUGGCUCUGUCGGGAGAAUGGGAAUGGGGAACAACUACAGUGGAGGAUACGGCACUCCUGAUGGUUUGGGAGGUUACGGUCGUGGUGGUGGAGGCAGUGGAGGUUACUAUGGGCAAGGUGGAAUGAGUGGAGGUGGAUGGCGUGGGAUGUACUGAAAACACCACCAACGUACAAGUCCUAACAACAGCAUCUGUCUACUAGACUUUCUUACAGAUUGAAUUUCUUUUGUAUUUCAAGAACUUUAUAAUGACUGAAGGAAUGUGUUUUCAAGAUAUUAUUUGGUAAAGCAACAGAUUGUGAUGGGAAAAUCUGUUUUCUGUAGGUUUUAUUUGUUGCAUACUUUGACUUAAAAUAAAUUUUUAUAUUGAAACCACUGAUGUUGCUACUUUUUAUAUAUAAGUACUCUUAAAGAUGUGCUGCCUUCCUAAGAUUUGGGAUGAUGUAUUUUACUGUUAGCUCUACAAAAAGUAGCAUAGUGCAAUGUGAGAGGAUAAGACUGCAAGUCUUAAGCAGACAUCUAGGAUAGAGCUUGAGUAGUUAGCUAACUUUCUCUCCUGGACAUACUGUAAAUAAAAAGCCUAAGGAUGCAUUCAGGUGGCUUCAGGAAUGUAAGUUCAGUUAAUUCUGUAUUUUCACUCUUAUUUAUCAAGCAUAGCUCUGAAUAAUUUAAGGGGUAUCUGGAAUCUAAAUAGUCCCAAUUGUGUUAUGAAUUAUAAACCCAGAGGUUGGGAGUAUUAGUUGAAAUUACAGCCCUAGAUUUAAAAAUCCUCGUAGCACUUGACCAAGAUACCAAAAAUGUUCCCAAAAUUUGAGUUUGUUGGAGUAGCUAAGAGUUGUUGAUGGUGGCAGAAGAAGUCAGUGUAAAUAUGCAGGUAUUUACUGUGAUGGGUGUGUUCUUACCUGUGCUUUUAGUUUCUCACCCAAGAAGACAGGGGCUUUCAACUGUCUAAGUGACUAUACUUAGGAAAACAGUGUAAAACAGUGCUGCAUCUGAUACUGGCUUUGAGUAUGUAAGUUCUGUGUAGCAAGGAAACGGUGCUUUCUGAUCUUACCACUUCAUUCAAUGUGGCUUUUCCCCAAAUUGGCUAAUGGAUCAAAUUGAAACCUGUCAAUGUGAACUCCAUUAUUGAACUUGUUACUUGUUUUUGCUAGAAAUGUUAUUCAUGUAAUAAAUGUUAACAUGGGAGAUAAAG